AUGGAAGUGGCAAAUGCAGCAGAUGGUGUUGAGCUGGAUGGGCCCGUCAAGAACCCUGCUGGCUACAAGCUUAAGUUUUGCACCGUAUGUGCCAGCAAUCAGAACAGAUCCAUGGAAGCACACCUGCGAUUGUCACAGGCCAACUAUCCCGUCAUCUCGUUUGGCACUGGCUCGCUCGUUCGGCUACCAGGACCGACCAUUACGCAGCCCAAUGUGUACCAAUUUAAUAAGACCUCAUACGAUACUAUGUAUAAGGAGCUGGAAUCUAAAGACGGCCGUUUGUACCGUGCCAAUGGCAUCCUCAACAUGCUCGACCGGAACCGAGGUGUCAAGUGGGGGCCGGAGCGCUGGCAGGACUGGGCGGUUGGCAUCCCUAGACUGCAGCAUGCCACGGAUAAGGGAAGCGAUGGAGUCGAGGGCGGCGUCGUCGACGUCGUCUUUACGUGCGAAGAGCGUUGCUGGGACGCCGUCAUAGACGAUCUGCUCAACAGAGGGUCGCCCCUGAACCGCCCCGUGCACGUCAUCAACGUGGAUAUCAAGGACAACCACGAGGAGGCCCAUAUCGGCGGCCAGGGCAUCCUGGACCUUGCCAACUCUCUCAACGCGGCUGCUGCCGAGGCCCGAGAGGUUGUAGGAGCCGCGGCUUUUGAUGGCGGGAGCGCCGCAAGUCGAGCCACCUUUGACGAGAGGGUUCCGGAGAUUCUGGGUGCCUGGCAGGAGCGCUGGCCCAACCUGCCAUCCACCUGGACGUUGGCGUGGUUUUGA